AUGGCCUCCAAAUCCGUCGCUCUCAUCACCAUGAGCACGCGCGGCGUCCGCGUGGGCCCCAACGUGGCCGCCUUCGUCAACACCGUCGUCGAGAAGCCGCUCGGCGAGGCCAACAUCACGGUAUCACCCGUCGACCUGGGCAAGUUCAACCUGCCCGUGUACAACGAGUCGGUGAUACCCGCCAUGGUGCCGGAGAAGGCGCAGUUCCAGUACGAACACUCCAAGGCCUGGAGCGCCGAGAUUUCCAAGCACGACGGCUACAUUCUGGUCAUCCCAGAAUACAACUAUGGAGUGGCCGGCGGCACCAAGAACGCCAUCGACUACCUCGUCAACGAGUGGAAGGGCAAGCCCGUCGUCAUCGUCAGCUACGGCGUGCAAGGCGGCACCAAGGCCAACGAGCAGGUCAAGGACUGCCUUACCGGCGUGGGGCUCAAUGUCUGCGAGACGCGCCCGACGCUGGCCUUCUCCGGCGGCCGAGGCCCGGACCUGUUCGCUGCCAUCGAGGGCAAGCUCGGGGACAACUCCAAGAAGGAGUGGGAGGCGGGGGGCGACAUUGCGAAGGCUGCUCGUGAGCUCAAGGACAUUCUGUCGCAGCCGAAUGUGGAGGAGAAUGUUGCCAAGGUGUGA